AUGCGCGUUCUUGUGUACGGCGGGCGCGGCGCCCUCGGCGGCUCCAUCGUCGACCACUUCAAGGCCAAAAACGCGACGGUCGUCAACGUCGAUCUACACGCCAACGAGAAGGCCGACGAGAACAUUGCGCUGGAUUUGAGCCAGGAUUGGACGGCGCAAGAGGCCGCUGUGCUUGCAAAACUCGACGGCCACUUUGACGGCGUCUUCUGCGUGGCCGGCGGCUGGGCUGGUGGAAAUGCGGCGGCUGACGAUAUGGUGAAAAACGCCGAUCUGAUGUGGAAACAAAGUGUGUGGAGCAGCGCGAUCGCGGCCAGAAUCGCUGCCAAGCACCUGAAGGAGGGCGGACUUCUGCAGUUGACCGGGGCCGCGCCAGCGCUCGGCGGAACCCCAGGAAUGAUGGGCUACGGGAUGGCGAAGGCCGCCGUGCAGCAGUUGACAAAGAGCUUGGCCGAAGACGGAAGUGGUCUCCCGAAAGGCGCCUCGGUCGUCGCGCUCCUCCCCGUCACCCUCGACACCCCGAUGAACCGGAAAUGGAUGCCCAAGGCCGAUUUUGGAACGUGGACCCCGCUCGCCUGGAUCGCGGAACACCUCGAGAAAUGGACGACCGACGCGGCGAGUCGCCCUUCAAACGGUGCCCUGCUGAAGAUUGUCACCGAGGGCGGGAAGACGACCACCACCGAGCAC